CGCAGACACUAACCUUGUACCUAUUAGAUAGAAUAUACAUUUUAUUUCAAAUUUAAAAAUGUCAAAUUUAAAAAUGUCGAUAACUUUUUCUAAAAUUAAAAUAUAAAUAUUAUAUAACCUAUACACUCCAUCAGAAUAAUCUCUAUUGCAUUUCUUGCAUUUAAAUUGGGAACCAUCUAGAACAAUCUUACUGUUGCAUGUGUUACAACAAAGGUAGUAUUUCAUGGAGUUCGGAUUCAGCAUCGUGGGUUCCUUCGGUAACGGGAUGAGUUCCGAAAUUCCUGUGCAAACCUCUAAAGUUGCCAUGGUUGUGCCGUCCUCACCGCUGCCAUUCGGGUCAAGUGUGGGGGCCGCCACCAUGACAUCAAUCUCGAUGCUGAGCUCGAUCUUCGGGUCGGCUCCUCGACCUAUUCCCGGGCUCGAAACCAUGGGGGGUCACCCCGUUGGUAAUACAAACCCAUUCCUCGAACCAACUAUGGCUUCGGCCUCAACGGUCAACUUUGGACCAAACGCGGGAUUCAACGCACCGAUCAAUCCAUUUGUCAGACCUCAUUGGGCGUCCAACGGGCCUUUCCUCCAUACGCCCAAUGCAGUUGGGCCGAUUUCAGUGCCCGCUAGUACGGUCCAAAGGCCACCAAAGUUCAAUGGCACAAACUUCAAGAUGUGGCAAGAAAAGAUGACGUUUUUCUUGACCAUCUUGGGAUUUGCUGAGUACCUACAGCAAGAUCCUCCCCAGGCGAAUGACGGGAACGACCCCCUCGUGGCGAUGGUGAACGAAGCAUGGUACCACAAUAACUAUCUCACCAUCAACUACAUCCUCGAGGGGUUGGCCGAGACGCUGUAUCCCGUCUAUGCCGGUGCAAAGCUUGCAAAAGAGCUUUGGAGUAGCUUGAACAAGAAGUAUCAAGCUGAAGAUGUCGGCGCGAAGAAAUUCAUUGUCGGGAAGAUACUGAACUAUAAGAUGGUUGACAACAAAUCUGUUUUCACCCAUGCUGAGGAGCUUACGAUAAUCUUCAACAACAUUAUAAAAGGUAGAAACAUAGACUUUUACUGAAUUUUAAUUAUCACAAUCAUUAGGCAUGAAAGAAAUUUUGAAAAAGAAAUAGUGUUUAAAGAAUAUAUAAUAGUGAUACCAUUAUAUCGCCUAGGUUUCACCAUGUGCAUCAAAAGAAUUGGUGGAUUUUCCAAUCCUUCAUUGAGUCCCUCGAUCACUUUAUUAAUAUGAUGAGCCCAUAACGUACAAUCUAGACGGUUUCCCUUGAACAAAGAUUAAAUAAAGUGAUUAAUAAUAG